AGUUUAGGUGAUCAGAACAAUUCACAAAUUGUUUCUGCUUGCUGUAACUUCUGUAACUUGUAGUUCGAUACUAUGUUUCGUUUAAUAUCAAUCUUACUUUUAAGUCAAUAUUUUGACUUAAUAUUGUCAGAAUCUUUGAAUGAUAUCAGCCUAAAGGUUCAAAGUGGAUCUUGGAUCAUCAAUUCAUCUUUAAUUGAUUCUGAAACCAACACUAAAUAUACCUUGAACGAGGUUAUCUAUUCUGGUGAAUACAUCGAAGGUAAGAUUUCGAUUUCAUCUGGUUCGCUCAAAUGGGAUGUUAUUUACUCAACAAUCAACCCGAAUCAACGUCUUGUUAUUCACGAUAACCAAUGUGAUCUGUUCACUUAUAACACGAAAUGGGAAUCAAAGUUACCGGGAAUAACGAAUCCAUUGUUAAACCACAUUCUUCUGGUCGGACCUUCAGUUACACAUAGACUGGGCCAACUUUCAUGGCAAGAAGAGCCUGACACUGAGAAGAGAGGAGUAACAAUGUACAGUAAAAGUACAACGAUUGGAAGAAGCCGUUUGAAUAUAACUAAUUAUUACAUAAAAGCUCCAUUUGAAUCGCUGAAAGAUAGUAUUGCUCCAAGAGUCACCAUAUUCACUGGCAUUGAUCCAUCUGAACCUGACUAUUCCAAGCAAACAACACUAACAUUGGACACUUAUAUUCAAACGGAAAGCUCUGAAGCGGAUUUACAUGUAAAUGGAUUUGUUAAACCGGAGCCUGGAAUUGGAUGUCCAUUUUAUUUCAGUCCCACUACUCGUAAACCACAGCUUUUUAGCCAAGCAUUUUCACGAUUACAUUACAUUGUAGAUACAACCGUGAAAAAAGCCAACUCAAAGUCGAAGAAGACGGUGAAAAGAGAAGAGGUUUAUAUUGACCAGUUAACACAACAAAUGUAUAUUGAAACCACAAUCGAAGGCGAAAAAACUGAAGAAAUUUAUGAUUUCACUUUGGGAAUCAAGUAUGAGGACCAAUAUUUAAAUUCUUGUCCAAUAAAGCAACUUGAUUUGUCCAUUCCUGGAAUGAUAGUUUAUUCAGAUCAGGGUGCAAUAAAUAUAAAUGCGCAUCUUGGUUUCAAUUUGAGCUAUAAAUUUUUAGGAAUCGUUCAGAAUAGUCUUUCAUCUGGAAGAGACUUGUAUGUCUGGGAAGCUGUUGAGUACAACAAAACAUUUGAAGACCAAAAAUGUGACAAACUUGUAACAACUCAAUACCUACUUUUGACCAAUUAUGGCAAUCAUGGUGAACAGUUUAUACUUCACUCAACAACAAUCAAUGGCUACACGAAAACAGGCAAUAAUUAUAUCAAAGUCCUUGAAACAAGUCGAGUUUACCGCAAAUUUGAACCUACAAUUCAGAGUGAAGAUUAUGAUUUAAAGUUCAAUGUUGAUAAAUGUUAUCCAUUUGAAUCACAGCAUCGAACUAUUAAAUUACAUUUCAGAUGCCAGGAUGACUGUGACCAUUUCAAAUCCCAAAUAUAUGAACAUCGAUAUGCUAUAAAAUCAAUGAUAACACGAACUGAUCAAAUAUCGUCUUCAAGAAUAUCCAAUAUUGAAGUUAUUCCCGACUCAAAUGGAGCGACUGCCUACAUAACGUUUCUUGAAGCUCCAGAAAUUAAAGAGGCGUUCCACUCCGAUAACAGAUUUCUGAAGACUGAGAGACUAAUCCCUGGAUCGUCAACAUUUAUAGCGCAACGCCAGGAAGAAUGUCUUGAAGUUGCUGCAAAAUCAGCAACAAAUUUUCAGACAGUUAUCUAUUGUUAUAAACAAAAACAUUGUUUCGCAUUUAAUGAACAAAAAGACUUGACUGAAAACGAAGAUGGAGACUGGUGCGAUAUCUAUCAAAUUCCUUUGAAAAAUUUACACCGCUACAGUCAAGAAUUGCCUCUUGAUAAAAUUGACUGGAGCAUUGAAUGGAAAAAAUUGAUUUACAGCUUAACCGACGCAUCGAAAAAAGCAUUGUACUCAUGUGAUCUCAUGGAGAAUGUCGCAUCAAAGGCUCAGAGACAUUUUGAUUCAUAUUACCUUUAUGACGAUCACACUAGACUGAUACCAAAUGAUGAAAAUAUACUCAAGAUUGAUGGAGUUAAAAAUGUUGGCGAAUGUUUCCAUGAGUGUCAGCAGACAGAGAAGUUUGACUGUAGAUCAAUAUCCAUAUGUCCUGACGUUGAUCAACCCGAAUGUAUCAUAUCAAAUGUCUCGAGAAGGGCAUUAACAGAUGAUGAUUCGAUAACCAAUAGGUCUUGUAAAGUUUUGUACAUAAACCCAAUGCUUUAUUAUGUGAAGGUUGCGAAUAGAAAGUACAAAAAUCCAGUAACCGUUUCAGAGUUGGAUUUUUAUGCUGAAAAUUGUGCCAAUUUAUGCUAUGAAACAGACGAUUGUUUAUCAUUUCAAGAUUGCAAUAGAGAUUGUACUUUUGGCGGAUAUUAUACAGAUUCCUCGACUGAAUUCAGUCAAGAUUGUGACAUUUAUAUUCCCAAAGUACUUCACAAGUUUACUGAUAAUGGCAAAAGGAUAGUCUCUGAUGUUUUCCAUACUGAGCUUGGGUUAAAUUCAGACCAAUGUGCUGCUCUAUGCCAUGAUUGGGAUAAUGGAGAUGAAGUUUGUCAAUCUUUCAACUUUUGUCCAUCAACUAAAACCACGAGUUUAUGCGAGUUGUCCAAGUAUAAGAUAGAGGAUUCGACGACAAAAACAAUCGACUCUAAAAUUUGUCACAACUAUGGUUACAUUUCAUCAGGCGUUACAAAGAGUCAAAAUUCAAAAGAUGAUGGCCAUGAAGGUUUAAGUGGGAAAACUGUCAUUAGUUUGAUUGCGGUAUUUGUUGGCAUUGGCUUCGUGGCUGGUUUUAUUUUGCCUUUUGUUUAUGCAAAGUUUAUAUCGACCCAACACUCUAGAUUAAAUACAAAAUAAGAAACUGUUAUAUCUUUUUUAGAAGGAAAUAAAACGAUAAAAUUUUUGCUGAUAACGGCAUGAUGACAGAUGAGGGCUGAAAAAUGAUGCUGUCGUUAUAAUGGACUUCUAUUAGUUCACAUGAAGUGUUGAAAAUAAACAUCUCAAGAUUACUAAUUCUUUA